GAAAGCAGUUCGGACUUGCGGUUCGGUUCCGCUCACUUUGUCCGGGCUGACACGCUCCGGGACUUAGUUUAGGGGGAGUUUGUGGAGCUGUCAGCCCGGGACCGGUGGAGCAGGAGGUGGAGGAGCUGGACAGAAGUUUGGACACACGUGUCACUGAGGCAGCAGACAACCUGUUGGACCGCGAGGACAGGGGGACACUUCACCGUCCUCAGGCCGGGAGGGGGGCACCGAACCCGGCCGUGGAGCCGCGGUCCGGCCCCCCCUCCCCCGACAGGCUGUUUACUAUGGUGGGAAAGAUGGGUGGAGAAACCAUGUCCCACCUCAACAGCGCCUCAGGAAGUGUCGAGCCCUCGCUGUACUACCCCGGCCAGAAACGACCAGGAGAGGACGGAGUAGGUAACCAGCUAGCAGCCAUGGGGCAUCAGAGCAGGGUAAUCACAGAGGAUUACAAGGUCCCCGACAGGAUGGUUGGCUUCAUUAUUGGAAGAGGAGGAGAACAGAUCACCAGGAUCCAGCUCGAGUCCGGCUGCAAGAUCCAGAUUGCUGCUGACAGCGGCGGCCUCAUGGAGCGGCCAUGUUCCCUGACUGGAACGCCUGAGAGCAUCGAGCAGGCAAAGCGGCUUCUCGUCCAGAUCGUGGAUCGCUGUAGAAACGGUCCGGGUUUCCACGGCGACGGGGAAGGUGGCGCCUCGGUGCAGGAGAUGCUGAUCCCAGCCAGUAAGGUGGGGCUGGUGAUUGGCCGAGGUGGAGACACCAUCAAACAGCUGCAGGAGAGGGCGGGGGUGAAGAUGAUGAUGAUCCAGGACGGUCCGAUGCCGACAGGAGCUGACAAACCUCUCCGCAUCUCUGGAGACCCGUACAAAGUUCAGGCAGCAAGGGAGUUGGUGUUGGAGGUGAUCCGGGAGAAGGACGGAGACUUCAGGUCGGGACGCAACGACUUCAGCUCCCGACUGGGAGGAACCAACCUGGAUUCUGUCCCUCUGCAGGUCCCAGUACCGAGGUUCGCCGUCGGCAUCGUGAUCGGCAGGAACGGAGAAAUGAUCAAGAAGAUCCAGAACGAUGCAGGAGUCCGGAUCCAGUUUAAAGCAGAUGAUGGCAUCAGCCCGGAGCGUGUUGCCAUGGUGAUGGGUCAGCCAGACCGCUGUCAGCAUGCCGUCCACCUGAUCAAUGAGCUCAUCCAGACCGCACAGGAGCGUGAUGGUUUUGGCUCCGCCCUGCGGAGUGGGAGGGUCAGAGGUCGUGGUGAUUGGACCAUGGGCUCACCUGGUCCGCUACAGGAAGUGACAUACACCAUUCCUGCUGACAAGUGCGGCCUGGUCAUCGGCAAAGGUGGAGAAACCAUUAAGAGUAUUAACCAGCAGUCUGGAGCUCACGUGGAGCUGCAGAGGAACCCGCCUCCCUCCACUGACCCCAACACUCGGGUCUUCACCAUCAGAGGCACCGCCCAGCAGAUGGACCUCGCCCGCCAGCUCAUAGACGACAAGAUCGGGGGUUCAGGUAUUAUGAGUAACGGAGGCUUCGGCUUCAGUCCCUUCACCCAGGGCCCGGCUACACACCAGAACUGUGGCAGUGGUCAGACCUUCUUGACCGGCGUUUGGGGAAACACCUAUCAGACCAGCUGGCAGAACCCUGGACAACAAGACCCUGGUCACAGUAUGGCUCAGACAGGACAGAUGGACUACUCUAAAGCAUGGGAGCAGUACUAUAAGAAGCUAGGUCAGCAGAGUCAGCCUCAGAGCUUGAUGACAGACUACAGUAAGGCCUGGGAGGACUACUACAAGAAACAGAGUCAGUCGUCUCAGCAGAGUUCGGUGCCAGACUACACUGCAGCGUUAGCAGAAUACUACAGACAGCAGCCCUACCUGUGGAACCCCGCCCAGAUACAGGUAACACACAGGAAGCCCCGCCUUCACCUGUAGCUCACCUGUCCCCGUA